AUGCAGAACGAGGGAUCUCACGGGUUCAGGAUAGGCGUUAUGAAGAAGGAGAAGCAGAUCUCGAAGAAGCCUUACGGAUUCGCAAACUUGGGCUGGGCGCUUCUUGCGCAGGGUAAACUUGAUGAGUGCAACGCCCUCUUCUUGGAAAAUUUGGCGGGUAGAGAAAAGGCAUUGGGCAAGGAUGAUAAGGAGUCUGCUCGAACUGGGUUGAUUCUUUACGUACUUGGGAACGUCCAGGCCACGCAACAGUUGUGGGAUGCGAGCUUUGAAUAUCACCAGAGAGCAUUGCGUCAUAUGAUUGCAACAGUGGGAGAAAAGGAUUUUUAUACUGCAAAUGUCAUCCAUAAGGUUGCCGAACACCUUAUACGUUUAGACGAGAAUGACGAAGCUCUUGCUAUGGUCAACAAAGCUCUAGACAUCUGGUGUGUUGAUCGAAAUGUUCACAAGAUUGAGAUUGCUCGAACUACAUUUCUCAAAGGUAAAUUGUUCGAGACGAUGGGUAAGAUACAAAAUCGUUAA